AUGGCCUCCAGACCUCAAAACGUUGGCAUCAAGGCCAUUGAGAUUUACUUCCCCAGCCAGUACGUCGAGCAAAGCGAGCUCGAAAAGUUCGAUGGCGUCGCCACCGGCAAAUACACCAUUGGCCUCGGCCAGACCAAGAUGAGCUUCUGCGACGACCGCGAAGACAUCUACUCCAUGGCCCUCACCGUCACCUCGAAGCUGCUCAGCAAAUACAACAUCGACCCCAACUCGGUUGGCCGCCUCGAGGUCGGCACCGAGACCCUCCUCGACAAGUCAAAGUCGGUCAAGUCGGUCCUCAUGCAGCUCUUCGGCGACAACACCAACCUCGAGGGCGUCGACACCAUCAAUGCCUGCUACGGCGGCACAAACGCCCUCUUCAACAGCGUCAACUGGGUCGAGUCGUCGGCCUGGGACGGCCGUGACGCCAUUGUCGUCGCCGGUGACAUUGCCCUCUACGCAAAGGGCAAUGCUCGUCCCACCGGCGGCGCCGGCGCCGUUGCCAUGCUCAUUGGCCCCGAUGCCCCCCUUGCCAUGGACACGAGCCUGCGCGGCACCUACAUGCAGCACGCCUACGACUUUUACAAGCCCGACCUGACGAGCGAGUACCCCUACGUCGACGGCCAGUUCUCCCUCACCUGCUACACAAAGGCCCUCGACGCCGCCUACCGCGACUACUGCCGGCGCGAGGCCAAGUCGACCACCAACGGCACCACCACCAAUGGCACCACCACCAACGGCCAUGCCGCCGGCGACAAGACGGCCUUUGACCGCUUCGACUACAUGGCCUUCCACGCCCCCACGUGCAAGCUGGUGCAGAAGUCUUACGCCCGCCUCCUCUACCACGACUUCCUCAACAACCCCGACGCCCCCGUCUUCGCCGAGGUGGCGCCCGAGCUGCGCGACAUGGACUACGAAAGGUCGCUGACGGACAAGCUCGUCGAAAAGACGUUCAUGGGCUUGGCCAAGAAGAAGUUCCAGGAGCGCGUCAACCCGGCCAUCCAGGUCGCCACCAUGUGCGGCAACAUGUACUGCGCCAGCGUCUGGGGCGGCCUGGCCAGUUUGCUGGGCUUUGUCGACAGCAAGGCGCUCGAGGGCAAACGCAUCGGCGUCUUCAGCUACGGCUCCGGCCUUGCCUCGAGCUUCAUGUCGUUCCGCGUCAACGGCAGCGUGGAGAAAAUGGCCAAGGCACUGCAAGUUCCCGCGCGCCUCGAGGCCCGUCGCUGCGUGCCUCCCGAGACGUAUGAGCAGAUGUGCGAGCUGCGCAAGCAAGCCCAUCUCCAGAAGGACUACACCCCCAAGGGCGACCCGUCGACCAUUGUGCCUGGUACCUACUACCUAGACAAGGUUGACGAGAUGUUCAAGCGCGAGUACAAGGUCAAGGCAUAA